AUGGGAGGACAGCAGAGAUUCCCGCAGCAGCCGCCCCGCUAUCCCGGCACGCUGCGGCGCUGGCCCGACGCGCUCGGCGCUGCGGAGCCGGGUGUCACGCUCGGUGGCUCCGCGCGGGCGGCCGCCUUCCCACGGGCCGCACUGAUUCAGCCGCUUCCUGACCGCGGCAGCGCCGGCACCCCCGGCCACUUCCUCACUGCAGCGGGGGGAGCCACUCACCCACGGGAGAGCAUCGCGGAGCUGAAGCGCCGCUUGCAGAGGAUGAAGGCGCUCACUGAGCUCGCCAAGGUGCCAGCAGCCUCCGCUGAGGCCAGCGCGGAGCUGCAGAGCCGCCUCAAGCGAGCGCGGGACCUGGAGCUGAGGAUCCGCCAGAGGAGAGCGGAAAGAGCCAAAGCGGAGGCGCAGCCCUCGGAGGAGACUGACACCUCUUGUCCCUCUCCCGGCAGCGAGAAGGUCCCCGCGUACCAGCGCUUCCACACCCUAGCCCAGGACGUGCCGCCGGGGCUCACGCUGCCCUACAAGUUCAAGGUGCUGGCGGAGAUGUUCCGCAGCAUGGAUGCCAUCGUGGGGAUGCUCUUCAACCGCUCCGAAACCGUCACCUUCGCCAAGGUCAAGCAGGGGGUGCAGGACGUGAUGCGCAAGCAGUUCGAGGAGCGGCACGUGGGCCAGAUCAAGGCGGUGUACCCGGAAUCAUACUGGCUGCGCCAGGAGAAGAACAUCCCCACGUUCAGCAGCACCGUGAAGAAGUCGGACUAUCAGCUCACCCUUGAGCCAGUGCUGGGGGAAGGGGAGAAGGUCGACGGCCGCCCGCACUUGUCAGCCUCGCGCCUGCUGGAGCGCAGGAAGGAGUUCAACCGCGGCCUCGUGGACAUCGUCAAGCGGCACCACAAGGUGAGGGGCACCUCCCUCACCCCCCCCUUGGCAGUGCCGGAUGACGAGCUGACGCGCUGGCACCCCCGCUUCAACGUGGACGAGGUGCCGGACAUCGCUCCGGCCGAGCUGCCGCGGCCACCCCAGGGUGACAGGAUCGCCACGGCCCAGGAGGUGCUGAGCACGGCCCGGGGCGUGAUGACCCCCAAGAUGGAAAAAGCUCUUGCCAACAUGGCCCUGAAAGCAGCUGAAACGAGUGCAGGGGAGCCGGAGGCUCCCACCCCGCCGUCCCCGGCCAGCACCUCCAGCGCGCUCAAAGGGGUGUCCCCGGCCCUGCUCGAGCGGGUCCGCGCCAAGGAGGCGCAGAGGAUGCGGGCGGCGCUGAGCCUGGAGGUGGCCUGUGCCCGCAUGAGUGACAGCUGCCCCACGCAGAUGUCCCCCGGUGACAUGGAGAAGCACCUGCGCCUCUUCGCGGAGCUGCUGCCCGACUGGGUGAGCCUGCACCCCAUCCGCACGGACACCUACAUCAAACUGGACAAGGACAAGGACCUCCAUGUCAUCGCGGAGAGACUCGCCCAGGCCAUCAAGGAGGCAGAAGCCCCCUGA